AAUUAUAGUAAAUUUCUUGUUUUUACAUGCGGAAAAUUACUUAGGUGGCUGUUGUUUUUCUUGCAGAAAAUUACUUAGGUGAAUCGCAAAGAAUCGUUAUAUAAUCUCACAGACAUAUAUACAUAUAUUAGUAUCUCUAUAUAUAAUCCCCAAUGCUCCUCAAUGCUUUUAAACACAAACAAGAAAAGAACGCGCGCGCGUAAUUGUCUUUCAGAGAAUCGUUCCAAAUGUCGACGUGUAACGAUGACUUCGAAAGGCCGUUUGAUUUUGAGCCCCAGCAGUUGGACGACUGGAACACGUUGCGCGAGUUGUGCUGUGCCAACGAGAAGUAUUUUGAUUCCCACCAGGAUAAGAACGGCGUCAGGAUCAGGGCUGCCUUCGUGGCGAUCAAGGAUUACCUGACUGAACUGCAGCCGCUGUACAGGGAGAUCGCCGGGUUCGCGUCACACUUUGACUUCGACGAAGACACCCUGGGAAAUGGAUACAGAAGUUUCCUGUCGUUGGUAGAUAAGUGUAUCAUGUAUUCCGAGCUGAUUUGCCAGCAGAUACACGAUCAGAAAGACUCCGUGUUUUUCCGAAAGAGCUACUACAUGAAGGAAAUAGAAGCAUGCUCUCAGCUAUUGGCAUCACUCUUUACAUGUUUACAGCAUUUAAAAACAAUGUACUCGUGGAGCACAGAAGUAAUGAAUGAUGGAAAGCUGUCACUGUUCCCUCUAGAACAAUACAGUACUCAAGAACUUCUCAGUAUUGCGCAGAACGUUAAUCAAUACUGCUUUUAUGGCAGGUGCCUAGGAUUUCAGUUUUGUGAUAGUUUAAGACAUGUAUUAAAAACACUGUCAUUCUUUAUGGCGUCCUUCAGCGAAAUGUAUUACAGCAAUGGUACCCUACUAGGACUAUGCACUAAUUCUAUUAAGUAUUUAUUAGAUCCCGAAGCAAGAGCACGUCGUAUUGUUAAUAUAUCUCAGCACGCUGACAUUUCUUUCUGCCAAGCAUUUUGGUUUCUGAGCGAAUCUGCAAUAAUGAACAUGAUAAACACCUCGAAUUUAGCAAUCAAUCAGGUAAUAUCUAUUCCGCCCGAGGAAUUAGUUCUACCUACUUUAGAUGAAGGGACCAUUUCAGUUCCAAUACCAAAUAGUCACAUUGGAAAGAAACCAAUCCACGUUAGGUUGCUAAGCUCCAAACGGCGUCUAGGAAUGGUUGGGUCUGGAGGUAUAGGUGGGACAUUAUGUGGUCUAUGCGACGAACUAAUUAUUCAUACUCACGGUGGCGGAUUUGUUUCACAAACUUCACGAUCGCACGAAAUAUAUCUACGAAAUUGGACUGUGACGCUUGGAGUACCAAUCUUGAGUAUAGAUUAUAGUUUAGCUCCAGAGGCACCCUAUCCUCGUGCACUCGAAGAGGUGCUGUAUGCUUAUGCAUGGGCGUUAAAACAUGCAAAUACCUUACUCGGAAGUACUGCAAAAAAAGUGAUACUUGUUGGUGAUUCUGCAGGAGGAAACAUAAACUUGGGAGUUAUUUUUAGAUGUAUGCAAUUAAAUAUAAGAAAACCAGACGGUAUUUUUAUGGCGUAUGCACCAGUACGCAUUGAAUUUAUACCGUCGCCCUCUCGUAUGCUUUGUCUCACGGAUCCAUUAUUACCGUUCGGUUUUAUGUUACGAUGUUUGAAGGCUUAUAUAGCUGAUAAUAAGAAACCCACAAGAGAACACGAAAAUGAAGAUGUCAAAUCGGAUACGGAAUCUUUUGCAGAAGUGAGCGAAAGUGACCUUAUAGCAUUAGCUCUGAGUCCAAACGGAGACGGCGCAAACGAUGAUCAGAAAUUAGUAUCCCUUCCAUCCGAUUCGACAUUAAAUUCUGUUAGUUUAACAGAAGUCGAUGGUGCUGAAUGUCCGAAAGCACAGGCGAAGUCUCGAGAAUAUAUCAACAGAUUUUUAAAUAUGUACAGAAAUUCCGGCCUUGCUUCAACGUCAUCGCCUGUUGCAAUGAAUGGCAGCGUCAAUAGAAAUGGUAAUAAUUCAGGACAAAGUAACAAAUCAUGGUCUUUAUUCGGGUGGUCCUUUGGUAGAAGAAGUAGUAAGGAUAGCAGAGAACUUAAUAUGGAGAACGUCAUUUCUUCUGAGGAAUUCGUUUUUGCGAUACCGAAGGAUCCCUUCUUGAGCCCUUAUAAUGCACCCGAUAAUAUGCUAGCUAAUAUACCGCCCAUAAAGAUACUGACAUGUCAUCUUGAUCCUUGUCUCGAUGACUGCAUCAUGUUUGCGAGGAAGCUUCGCUCACUUGGUAAUAAAGUUACAUUAGAUAUUUUGUCGGGUUUGCCACACGGAUUUCUCAAUCUUGUACAGACUUCGAAAGAAGCAAUGGAAGGCUCAGAGAUCUGUGUUAGAAGAAUAAAAGAGUUACUGGAACUAUAAUUGUCCAAUACUAAUAAAAAAAACUUACUGUUAAAAUACAUUGACCUAGGACGAGCAGAAGAUGUACUUCAGUCUGUUGCAGCAACACCUAUUUAUACAGCGAAUAUGAUUGUCUAAACACCUGUUAUUGUUUUCUGCGGCUUAACUAUAUUUUGUAAUAUUUCAGGAGUUAGGUAUAUAAUAGACGAUGCUUUACACUAGUAAUUUUCUACUGUAUUAGCUGUAUUAGUUAUUGUUGUCAUAUUGAUGUUAUAUAUUGUAUUGAACGGCAUUAUCUAAAAUGAUUAGAAUAUAGUAUGUUUCGAAUCUAAUAUUCGACUAUGUAUUAGUAAAG